AUGCGUCCAGUUGCCCCAGGCAUCUUCAAGGCACUACUAUUUAUUUUCUCCCCCCUGUGCGCCUGGUAUUCUGGGUACCUGUUCGCAGAGCUCAUUCCUGACGUGCCCCUGUCCAACACUCUCUACAACAUCCGAAGCAUUGGAGAGAGACCGGUUCUCAAAGCCCCAGCCCCCAAAAGACAAAAAUGUGACCAUUGGUCCCCAUGUCCUCCUGACACCUAUGCCUACCGGCUGCUCAGUGGUGGUGGCCGAGACAAAUAUGCCAAGAUCUGCUUUGAGGACGAACUGAUAUUAGGAGAGAAGACGGGGAAUGUGGCAAGAGGGAUAAACAUUGCUGUCAUGGACUAUGAGACGGGAAAAGUGAUAGCGACAAGGUACUUCGAUAUGUACGAAGGAGAUAACUCCGGGCCAAUGACCAAGUUCAUUCAGAGUACCCCUUCAAAAUCCCUGCUGUUCAUGGUGACUCAUGAUGAUGGAAGCUCCAAACUACAGGCUCAAGCAAAGGAUGCCAUAGAAGCCCUUGGAAGCAAAGAAAUCAAGAAUAUGAAGUUCAGAUCAAGCUGGGUGUUUGUUGCAGCAAAGGGCUUUGAGCUCCCUGCAGAAAUCGAGAGGGAAAAGAUCAACCACUCAGAUCAAUCCAAGAACAGAUACUCGGGCUGGCCAGCAGAGAUCCAGAUCGAAGGAUGCAUACCCAAAGGGCUGAGAUAGCCAUGCUGGACGUCAAUAAACGUUUUUUUUUUGUACAGAUACACUCAGCUGGAAUGUCACAGGAUUCUGAUCCUUUGAAGUCCAGCUAUGAAGGAAAGUGUUGAUGUGGAUUUGCAGUUUGUUGUAAAGCAGUAAGACAUUGUUAGUUUCCCUGAUUCUUAGCAGCGGAUGUUAUCUCACUGCCAUCUAUACAGUGAAGGAAUCCUCAAGCCAGGAUAACACACAGAAGGGAGUCAUUUGGGGGAUAGAGGGGAGGUGGAUGGAAGGCAGAACAAAACCGCUUGCUGGCUGCUGAGAAUGUUCUACCCAUGUCUGUGUCAGACCACUAUGUGGUCCCUUUAGCUCUGGGGUAAGAGUGUGUUCUUAUCCCAGUAUCACUUGGAACAUCCUUGUUCCUUGUUCUUUGUUCCUCAUUAUCUUCUGGGGAAUGAAUGAGGCCUUAGCCAUCAUCCUUGGUCACCUCACGUUUGGCUCUUAAACUUCCCUGUAGGGUGUGGGUUUAUUUGCUAUCAGCUCUGCUCUGUGCAAGGCCCUGCUUGGCAAAGAGGGAGGCUGGCACUGUGGCUUAGCCAUGAUCUGCUCCCAGGAAGGCAGCCAUAUAGCUCAUACUCUGAGAGACUCCUUUCUAAGGCUAUAGCCAGUUGGACGGCACAUGUGGCCAUGUUAGGGAUGAAAUCACUAGGACAGAUGUCACUAGAAUUGGCUCAGAGCUCCUUCUUGUGCCACCAGAGGAGCCCCUAGCCUAUGCCAGUGUGAUUGCUUCUCUGGCCCAUGGAAUCUCAGCCCCAGGUAAGGGAGUGUUUUCGAAUGCCAGAAGAAAGACUUCAAAGCCAGGGCGGCCUGCACUGGGAAAUGCUCUAGUGGAUAAAAUGCUUGCUGCACAAACAUGAGAACCUGAGUUGGGUCUUAAUGAUUUGUAAUGAUUUUUACAAUCAUGUAAAAAGCUGG